AUGAGUGAACAGAAAAACACCAACGCAUCGACGAGCAACAACGACAAGGACUCUUCAUCAUCAUCGGAAACAGCAACAACAGCUCAAAAACCAAAAUUCACUCCAGGAACCUAUGUUCAAGUAUCGAAAACAGUUUAUAAAUCGGGAAAGGUGUGGAAACAACCAAAAGACCGAUUCUCGGUAAAAAAGACAAGAGCGAAGGAAACCUACGAAGAACAAAUGGAAAAGAAGAAAGAGCUUCAAGAAAUCAAAGAAAUUGAACGACAAAUUAAAGCAGAUAUGGAAGAGGAAAAUAAAAUUGAAAAGCGAAAAAUGGAGCAACGACGACAGGCAAGAAUUGAAAAAAUCAUUCGAGAAAAUAAGAAUAAACCACUCAAACAAGGACGAGGAAAAUGCAAGGGAAGAAACAAGCGGUUGACAGAAAAGGAUGUUCACAGAGUAAAAAUUUAUCACGAAACUCAAGGAUUGUUCUAA